AUUAAGGCUAUGGAGCUAAAUAUCUUGAACUUGAUCAAGAAAAAAAACUUGCAGAAUCAACGAAAGAGAGAUUCUACCAAUAACAAACAGAAUCUGGAAAACGAGCCUCCGGUUAUUAAUACACCUACUAGUAAAAGGGUUAAGGAUAUCACUUAA